GCAGAAUGUGAAUACGAAUUAAAUAUAUACUUAACUUCUAUUUUAGAAGAACUUAUUACCGAAAAAAGCCAAGAAAUAAAUACUAUCGAUCAAAUUAUGAAAAAUCAAAAAGGCAUUGGAACUGCUUUACAAGCCGAAUCAGCUAAUGAAUUAAUUCAG